UUAUUUUGUAACGUCUGUUGACAAUUCAAAAACACUGGCCCAAAUCAAACCGACUUCAACCUCUGCAAUUCAGCAAAAGAAAGAAAACAACAAAACGUGUUUAAACUUAAAUUUUAAUAAAGUCGCGUUUAAAAGAAGCUGAUAUGAGUUCCAAAAGAGGUGAUUGUCAACGAAAACGACCACAGCGUCAUCAAAAUUCGACAUCUUUUAAGAAUGAUUUACACGAUACUAGUGAUAGAAUUAAAAAACUUAAUGCAAUGUCAAUAAAUGAAGUCUGUCAAAAGUGUCACGAUGUCAUUCAAUGGAAAAUAAAAUAUCGUAAAUACAAAGCAUUAACACAACCGAGAGCUUGCACUAAAUGUAACGAAAGAAAAGUUAAAAAAGCUUACCAUGUCUUAUGCAGAGAUUGUGCAAUCAGUUCUAAAAAAUGUGCGAAAUGUUUGAAAAGUGAAUCUGAAGUUCCGAUCAUUCCAUCAGAACCAACAGAUGAAGAAAAACUUCGCUUGGAUAUAGAAAUGAAACAGUUAAUAAAAUCGCUUCCAGAAAGAAAAAGAAGAACUUUUCUUCGUUUCAUGCAUGGCAAGAAGAAAAAGAAGAACAAGGAUUGUGAUGAUGAAGAGAUCGAAGAGGAAUCACAAGUCAAGAAGGUUCCCACAAGGGACGAACUUCUCAUGAAACUUGAAAAACUCAAAGUUGGAACUGAUGAGGAAUUUUAUGAUGGUGUUAUCGAUGAGAACGAUGAAAGCUGGAAUUCUGAAGAUUAUUCAUCAGACGAUGAAGAAGAAUGA